GGGCACUGCGCACGCCUUCAUUUUCAGAUUCCUGCCAUAAGCGGACUUCACAGGCUUCAGAGCCCUGCCUUGCCUCGUCCGGCACCGUGAAGGAGCUCGAAGGACGGGUGCAGGACUGGUGGUGAGACACAAGCUGGCGGCACGCGUUUAACGUGGACGAUGGCAGUCCUGUCGGCCACGCCCACUCUCCAUAUCGUGACGUCGUUCCAGAAGAGCCUGCAUCAGCUGGAGAACGAUGCAGGACUCGGGAAUUGCGAUCAAGUAUACAUUGAAGAUUUGAACAAGUGUGCAAGCAUAGUAGCGAGACUCACUUCUUCAAGCGAGGUCAGACAAUUGCUCGAGACCGGCCUCCACAGGCGUUUGCAUAAGAGCUGCAACGACUUGAUUGCCGUUUGCAACGACAAGUUCAAGGUGUACCCUUACAACGAGGUCCCGAGAUGCUGGCGCGCACUUUACACCGCUGCUUCACUGCUCAGCGCUUGUACAACGCUGGUAGCCGUCACGCACUUGAGCCUGACCCUGCUCCGCAGCGCAAAUGUGCACACAGAGGAAGUGCUCGCAGCCGUCCAGAAGCUCGACUUGGCUAUCAUCGUCGCUGGCGCACCGGGCACAGAUGUCAAAGCAUGCAUACAAGACACAAUCCGUGGCCUACAGCGGUGUGCGCUCCUUCAAGACAUCGGGUCGCAGGCGCGCGAUGUCCCGCAGCGGCCCAGCAAAAAGCGCAGAGUUGAUGAGGACACAUCAAAGACAUUGGCAUCCUCUGUGCGAUGCCGUGCAGCCAAAGCGGUACCGGAGGUUUCAGCUCUACCGUGGCUCUCUGGCGAUGACCCUCGCCGCUUGCGGCCGUUCAUCGUGCGCGGAUUUGCAGAGGACUGGCCGGCCAGUAUUCCCGACCACGAAGGGAGCUCACGGGUAGGGCGAUGGGCCGACGGUGAUUACCUCGGCCGGAUUGCUGGACCGGGGCGCGUCGUGCCUGUUGAGGUCGGCGGAAGCUACACAGCCGAGGAUUGGUCACAAGGCAUUGUAGGCUGGGAGACGUUUCUCGAGUCAUCGGGGUGGCAUCUUACACAUGGCCACCACCCAGUAUCAACACGAGGACAUCACCAAAAACACGCUGGUAAACAGCUUUACCUUGCACAGCAUCAGCUCGUCCAGCAGUUCCCGUCUCUCUUGAGGGACAUCAUCACCCCCGACAUUGUGCACAUGGAGCUUGCAAAGCCACCAUGGAUGCCAGGUUACCAGCCUCCGCUGGAUGCGGACGGUAAUGCGGAUCACUUGACGAAUGUCUGGAUUGGCCCGGAGGGCACAAACAGCCCUGCGCACACCGACCCGUAUUACAAUUGCUACAUUCAAGUGGUAGGGCGGAAAGCGAUCUGGCUAGCGCCUCCAGACAGCGACGAGCAAGGCGGCAUGCAGACGUUCGGUUCAUCGUCGGCACGAAUAGCGUCUGGUAGCGAAACCGAGCGCGCCGCACAUGCAUCGCCGAUGGGCCACAUCUCCAAAGCAGACCCAAGCGACGAUGUAGACGAAGGCGACGAUGGAGCGGCGGCCCUGAUGACCAAUACGUCGCGCGUGGAUGUUUUCCAUGUCGAAGGAGACGCACAAGAGGUCACAUACCCGCCAGCGUUCAAGAACCACGUGGAGCCCCGUGCGAUGCACGCGAUCCUCGAGCCUGGCGAUCUGCUGUUCAUGCCGCCAGGCUGGUGGCACGCUAUGCGCAGUUUAAGCAGGAGUUUCUCCGUGUCAAUGUGGUUCUAGAGUGUAUCUACAUGCAAAAAUAUGAACGAG